CUCUCCCGGAACUAACGUUAUUUUGUCCUACAUAGCAACCGAGUCCUCUGCCUUGCACACACAGAGGUGUCAAAUACAGCCUGCUGGUGUGAAAGCCGUAGAGGUUGGGUUUCCAAAAGGCUUUGAAGUUUGGUGGUGACUUUGGACUUUGAAAAGUGAGAUGCUGUGUUUCGCAGAACUCGGAUUCAUGUCUUUCCUACGACGAUUGCGUUCUUGAUGGCAGCCUUCAUUAGCAGAACGUUAUCUCAUGAUAGAAGGUUGUGUAAUAAAUUUAGUAAGGGAAGAAUGUAGCCUUCUACUCUGAACUUUGUCAUUCCAAAGCUGCCUGCUUGCUGAUAAAACCAUCACGAUAAAAAUCAUUAGAGUUUGCUUAGUUCUUAGUUGCAUUUAACAUGAGCAAUAGGUUUAAUUUCUCGUAGUAAUGAAUGAAGAAUAAAAACCACAGUUUAAAGAAAAAUGGUUCAACCAGAGAACAGAGGCUUAUUUUUGGGAGUACUUGCUGGAGCUGCAGGAGUGAGUAUUGCAUGGCUGUGCUGGAGUAAGUAUGGAAAACAUGACUACUUUCCUAGCUUGCUUGAGAAGUUGCCGUCAAGUAGAGAUAACCAAAUUCAGCACAACCAAGGGGCAGUCACUAUCCUGCAAGCUCGUCAAUUACAGAUUCUGGAAAAACUGGGAACCCUUUUGAAAAAUGUAGAGGAGCUCAAGGAGGAGGUGAAAUUUUUAAAAGAAAGUAUUCCAAAAUUGGAAGAACAAAUUAGGGAUGAGCUAAGAGGAAAGACUGAUACUCGCAAGAUCAGUCCUCAGCACAGGACUCCGAAAAGAAAGAAAAGUGAAGCCAGCAAGGGGGAAGGUGACUACCCCAGCUCUGAGGAUGCAGAGAGUGAAGGAGGAUACAUCACUGCUCAGACUGACACAGAAGUAGAAUCAGAAGAUGAGCCGGGAGUGGGAAAUGUCCGAUCUGAAAAUGCUAAAGUCAUAAAGGAGGAAUCUGAACUGCUCUCUCUUCUCCAGCGGGCAGAUUCCAGCCAUAGCGGCUCAGACUCAGAGAAGCAUGAAGUGUUUAGGAUGAUGCUUAAUAAGCAGGAAAAGUAUGGAAACAAAGUGGAGUUCUUGUGGAGACUGGCACGGGCGUACAGCGACAUGUUUUUUCUUACCUCUAAUUCAGAAGAAAAGAAGGGUUAUGCUUCCAAUGGAAAAAAUGUUGCUGGGAAGGCAAUCCAAUUAGAUGACUCUAGUGCUGGUAGCCACAGAUGGUAUGCAAUAAUGUGCGGCUAUAUGUCUGAAUUCGACAGUGUACAGAAUAAAAUCAAGAAUGGCUAUCUGUUUAAGGAGCAUCUGGACAAAGCAAUAGAACUUCACCCACAGGACCCUCUUCAGUACUACCUCUUAGGCAGAUGGUGCUAUGCUGUUUCUCAGUUGUCCUGGAUUGAGAGAAAAGUUGCUGCUACUCUUUUCGGAAAUCCUCCCACUGCAACAGUACAAGAUGCCUUGCAGAAUUUUCUUAAGGCUGAAGAGAUGCAUCCUGGUUACUCCAAAUACAACUAUGUUUUUCUGGCAAAGUGCUAUAAAGAUCUUGGACAGAAACCUCUUGCUUUGAAGCACUGUGAUGAUGCAUCAGCAAUGCCAUCGGUUACUAAAGAGGAUAUUGAUGCCGAGAAAGAUUUGGAGGUCUUAAUUGCAUCUCUGAAGUAGUAAUAAGAACACAUUCCAACUAACAAUUGUCGAACUAAAUACUUUUUUUAUUACAUUGAAAAUAACCAUUGCCAUUAAACACAAAACAAUUGUAAGACAUUAAUUUCUAAUAACAAUUAUUAAACAUAAUUCUAAAAAUAUAAUAUUGAAGUAGCUCUAGCGAUUGUAUGACUAAGUACUGUAAUGUGAUGAUGCCUGCAUGCAUACAAUAUUACCUCCAAGAUUUUACUCUGAAAUACGAUUGUACAUAUUAGUAUAUUUUAUAAAGAAAGAAAAUAAGGACAAUGAACUAGAUAAGCAAUACUUAGAACUUGUAUUGGUUCUAGUAAUAAAAAAUAAAAUCAUAUUUUGGUUUAAA